CAAUGUUUUGAUAACGGCUGCGGAAGAAGCCGUCAUUUGGCCAUUUCUCGUCUCAGCGAUAUAGUUUCCCAUCAAAACUGUUACUAAUUAAACGGCAAAUGUAACCGUUUCACAGAAAGCCACAAUGGGAUUCACACCGAGAAGCCUUCUUGGUGGUAAACCGUCGAAGGCGCUUCUGUUGUUGCCUUUUCUGUUGACGUUGUUGCUCGUCGGGAGCCAAGGCGAGAGCAACGCGAUGGACAACGUCGCCACUGAGAGGCUGGCCGAGGAAAGCCACCGACAGGACAGCGCCAAUCUGCUCAUAUUCAUAAUGCUCCUCACGCUCACCAUUUUAACGAUAUGGUUGUUCAAACACCGGAGAUUUAGGUUCCUGCACGAAACGGGACUCGCCAUGAUAUACGGCGUGCUGGUGGGUGUGAUCCUGCGUUUUGGCGUCCAUGUGCCCCAGAGCAUGAGUGACGUGAUCCUCGGUUGUGCCGUCAACGCCAGUCCCGCUACUCUGCUGGUCAACGUCAGUGGGCGAUUCUACGAGUACACUUUGAAGGGGGAAGUCAGCCGUGGCAAAGGUCACCAAGUGCAGGACGAUGAGAUGCUGAGAAAGGUGACCUUUGACCCCGAAGUGUUUUUCAACAUUUUGCUGCCUCCCAUCAUCUUCCACGCCGGCUACAGUCUGAAAAGGAGACAUUUCUUCAGAAACAUCGGCUCCAUCCUGGCCUAUGCUUUCAUGGGAACAGUUAUCUCCUGCUUCGUUAUUGGGCUGGUCAUGUAUGGCGUUGUGUCCUUCAUGAAAGUUGUAGGCCAGCUUGGGGGCGAUUUUUACUUUACUGACUGCCUCUUCUUUGGGGCCAUUGUUUCAGCAACAGACCCUGUGACGUUGCUAGCUAUCUUCAAUGACCUACAAGUAGAUGUGGACCUGUAUGCUUUACUCUUUGGCGAGAGUGUCCUCAAUGAUGCCGUGGCCAUUGUACUCUCUUCCUCCAUUGUGGCGUACCAGCCUGCAGGAGACAACAGCCACAGCUUUGAGGCCUUGGCCAUGUUGAAAUCCUUCGGCGUCUUCCUGGGUGUCUUUAGUGGAUCCUUUGCUCUUGGGGUGGCCACUGGAUUCAUGACGGCUCUUGUCACCAAGUUCACGAAGCUGAGGGACUUCCCCUUGCUGGAAACGGCUCUCUUCUUCCUCAUGUCCUGGAGCACCUUCCUACUAGCCGAGGCCUGCGGGUUCACAGGCGUAGUGGCUGUGCUGUUCUGUGGGAUCACUCAGGCUCACUACACCUUCAACAAUCUCUCCCCUGACUCUCAGGACAGAACCAAACAGUUGUUUGAGCUGCUGAACUUCCUGGCAGAGAACUUCAUCUUCUCCUACAUGGGUCUGACUCUCUUCUCCUUCCAGUCACAUGUCUUCAACCCUAUGUUCAUUGUCGGAGCCUUUGUGGCAGUGUUUCUGGGUAGGGCUGCCAACAUCUACCCUUUGUCCUUCCUGCUCAACCUGGGCCGCAAGAACAAAAUUGGAUCCAACUUUCAGCAUGUCAUGAUGUUUGCAGGACUGCGUGGGGCGAUGACCUUUGCUCUUUCAAUCAGGGACACGGCGACUUAUGCUCGCCAGAUGAUGUUUUCAACUACCCUCCUAAUUGUCUUCUUCACUGUCUGGAUCUGUGGAGGAGGCACCACGCCCAUGCUGUCCUUCAUGAGCAUACCGGUGGGUGUGGACUCUGAUCAAGACAACUCUAAUUCAGCGGUGUUGGAUGGGUCCCAGCGGAGGAACACCAAACAUGAGAGCGCCUGGCCCUUCAGGAUCUGGUAUAACUUUGACCACAACUACUUGAAGCCCCUCCUGACGCACAGCGGCCCUCCUCUCACUGCUACGAUGCCUACUUGUUGCGGACCGCUGGCCCGAUGCCUCACCAGCCCACAGGCCUAUGAGAACGAAGGCCGGCUCCACGACGAUGACUCCGACUUCAUCCUGAACGAUGCCAGCGUGAGCUCCAUGUACGCCGACAUCACCGUCAGCAUGGACGCGUCCGGCCGCACCAUCAACUGCUCCUCCAGCACAAGGGCCUCUGAUGAAGGUCUGGAUCACGAGCUCGCCUUAGCGGAACAUGAAGUGGCCAUCAGGGGCACCCGCCUGGUCCUGCCUAUGGAUGACCCAGUGGAGACCCCGAGCACUGUCACCUUGCCCCCGCCUCUCUCCCCGCCGCGUUCUGAACCUCGCAUGCACAGACUGUAAGAAGGUUUACACAAUCAGGAUGCAGUUUGCAGCUUAAAAAAGAAAGGCACAACUCAUCUCAUUUGAUUUCACAAGAAAAUGGCAUCUGUUAGCUUAUCUGUUUGGAUUUGUUAUUGUAAAACAAACUGCUUCACGUAAGUGGCCCUGUGGACGGGACAAGCUCUCUACAAUUUAAAAUAGGCCCCGUUUGGUGACCGACUUCAGGAGCGCUUGAUUUAACUCAUUUAGGUUGAUUACUGUAAAUCAAGUGCAACUCGAGCCUAAAGGUUACUUCGAUGAUGCACAUUUUGGGAAGCUUAAAGAAAUGUAUAUUUGCUCCUACGUUUGUACUGCUGUGGUGAUAUGCCAGUGCUGUUAUCGACGCUCUAUAAAAGCCCCAACUCCCUCUGACUUUAUGGGCAGAGCUCUAAAUGUUACAUUUGCAGUUUACCCUUUUCUUUGUGUUGAAGUUGCUCCAGACAACAGGACCUGUAUGUGUCUAGCUUCCUGCAAGUAUUCAUGAGAUGACCUACAGUCUCGUUUAGCACAUUUUACAGGCACUAAAAUGUUGCUCUCGUACCACUUACUAACAUUCAGUGGUGUCAAAUAAUAUUAAUCAUUCAUUACCAAUGUUACUCAUCUAUCCACAGACUGGUAAGUAACCGGGAAGUUUGUCUCCCUCUCAAAGUUCAUAUGCAGAGAAGGUGAUUGGCCGAGGUGGGAGCUACUAGACGAGCACAUUGACGCCGACUGUGAUGGAAGCAGUAUUAGGAGUUUUGAAUUUUGAUAGAAACAAAAAUGUGCGACAAGAUUGCAAGAAGAUGCCAUUCAACCCCAAAACGUCAAACUGCUUCCACAACAGGGUCAAUUAGCUUAAAUUUGAGCACUGCCUGCCUCUUUUCGUCUCCAGUCUUUUUACUUAUUCAUUUAUUUAUUUAACAAACAAAUAUCUAUUUAUAUAAUGAUUUAUUUUGUAUAUUUAUUAUUUAUUUAUUGUUUCGUGACAUUAAUGAUUAUCUUGCUCGGUUUGAAAAUAGGGUGUCUCGGUGGUGGAAGGCUGUUACGCACCUUUUCCCUAAAAAGCACUAGAACUUCGAACAGUAAGGAAGUCAUGACGGAGCUGGAUAUUCAUCCGAGGAGUGUGUUGAAGUAUCUCCUUCCUGUUCUGUAGCAGAUCCUUCCACUUUAUUGGAAACUAUAGCUCCCUGUGUGUGUGUGUGUGUGUGUGUGUGUGUGUGUGUGUGUGUGUGUGUGUGUGUGUGUGUGUGUGUGUGUGUGUGUGUGUGUGUGUCUUUGUGUAGUUUGUGUGUGGCUGAUGUCAGAAUGAUAUUGUCCAACUCUACUAAUGUGGUUAUCAGGGCUAAUGUCUGUUUCUGGGUAUUCUGUCUUCAUCUGAUGUCAUCUUCUUUCUGUUGUAUCAUCAAAGAUGACUGAGGGCUGGCUGAACUGUUUUGACUUAAAGUGCCUAAUCAGAAAUUAAAUUAUUUAAUGUAGAUUUUGUACAUAUUUUGAUUUGCUAAUGUGCAGUAACAUUUCUUUCUUGGUUUUUAUAUGACACAAAACCCUUUGACUGAUGCUGACUAGUGUGUUCCCAGUGUAAUUAGGCCAUUAGGUGGAGAUCACAAAAGAGUGCACACUAAAACAUUGUACUUCUGUUAAUGGGAAAUACAUAUCACUAGUAUUUAUUGGAUAGAAAAAUUAUGGAAAAUGUAUUCCAAAUGAAUUCAACAAGAAGCCUCAUAUUAAGGUCAAGGAAAAGACAGGAGGGUCCCGCUGACUUUUUACAAAUGCAGUAUUUUUAGUUCCUUGUUUGGAAACCAAAACUGUAUAUUCUGUUCCCACCUCAGUGAGAUAUUUCGCGCUGAGGCAUCUCUGUAGUUCACCCUUGUUUGUGCUGUUUUCUGCUGGGUGAUUUUAAUGAGGUAGAAAUUCAGACCUGAAAGUAAUCCCAUUUUAAAUGUUCAAAAGUGCAUUUAACUCUGUCAAGCUGCACAUGAGUUGUCUUUCUAAUCUAAAUGUUAUUCUUAAUACAAGGUUUGAGAUUCUGCAGAAUUAUCCAGAGGACGAGUGAAUUUACAUAAUUUCUAUCAGUAAGGUAUCUUUUCAUUUGUUGUUUAAAUGUUAUUGAACCAUAAAAAACAUACUAUGUUUAUAUGUGAAUUUUGAAGAAACGGUAUGAAUCUUACAAUAGCAACCGUACUGCAACUAAAACAAGAAAUCUGAAAAUGUUUACGUCUCUACCGUCUGUAGAAAUUGUUAGAGAGAGUUGUAUUUGUGAAAAGUACACAAAGUCUGUACGUGAAUGUUUUUAAAAUGUGAACUUUUGAGGGGGAAAUCAUCUCUGAUUCAAAAGAUUGUUCCCUGUAGUCCUGAUUUAGUAACAGUGUCUCAGUCUGACAUCUGCAAUUGUAGCCUACCUGAAGAUAAUAAAAAAACAAUUCUUGGAU